AAGGAAGGAAGCGCCAUGUCCGGCGGCGGCGGCGGCGGGAGCAGCAGAGGCUUGGCCGGGGAGGGGGACGCCCGUCGCUGGCCCGGCCCGGCUCCUCCGGCGCCGCGCUCCCUUCCCGCCCGACCUCCCCGCUGGGCCGGCGCCGGGGCGAGUCUGGCCGGGGCGGCGGCGGCGCUGCUCCUCUUGCUCGGCGCCUCCGUCCACCAAGUGCAGGAGGGGCACCUGGCCGUCUAUUACAGGGGCGGGGCGCUGCUAGCCACCCUCAGCGGCCCUGGCUACCACCUCAUGCUGCCCUUCGUCACCACGCCCAGAGCCGUCCAGACAACGCUACAAACAGACGAAGUGAAGAACGUGCCUUGCGGAACCAGUGGAGGAGUCAUGAUCUACAUUGAUCGGAUAGAGGUGGUGAACAUGUUGGCUCCACAUGCAGUUUACGAUGUUGUGAAGAACUACACUGCAGAUUAUGACAAGACCCUCAUUUUCAACAAAGUCCAUCAUGAGCUCAACCAGUUCUGCAGUGCCCACACCCUCCAGGAGGUCUACAUUGAGCUCUUUGAUCAAAUCGAUGAAAAUCUGAAGCUGGCCCUGCAGCAGGAUCUGAAUGCCAUGGCUCCAGGUCUCACCAUCCAGGCAGUGCGUGUGACGAAGCCCAAGAUCCCAGAAGCCAUCCGAAGAGAUUUUGAACUUGUGGAAGCAGAGAAGACGAAGCUCCUGAUAGCGACCCAGAAGCAGAGAGUGGUGGAGAAGGAGGCCGAGACGGAGAGGAAGAGGGCCGUCAUAGAAGCAGAGAAGGUGGCUCAGGUGGCAAAGAUUCAUUGCCAGCAGAGGGUCAUGGAGACUUUGAUGGAGAAGCAAAUUUCUGAGCUUGAAGACACGGCUUUCCUGGCGCGAGAGAAGGCAAAGGCCGACGCCAACUUCUACAUGGCCCAGAGAGCAGCUGCCUCGAACAAGCUGAAACUGACACCUGCCUUCCUGGAGCUGAUGAGGCACCAGGCCGUGGCCUCCAACAGCAAGCUCUACUUUGGCAGCAGCCUCCCCCCGAACCUCUUUCUGGGCUCUUACGCCUUUGAGCCGGCAGAGGCGAGGACUGCAAGAGACAGCCGCCUCCUCUCCAAAGCAGGGAAGCUGCGCCUCCAGCACGGGGGAGGCGGGGCCAGCUCUGCCAUGGCAGCCGCCACUUGAUGCCUCUGCUGCCCCAGCCGUCGUGUCUGCUCCAUGGUCUGAAACUGCAACUUACCGGCUGCCUCAGAUCUGCCUUAUUCAGGGCAGCACAAACCGUCCUUGGAAGUUGCGUGAUCCUCCACAGCCGAAGGGUCAGCUUUCAUGGCUGCUACAUCUGCCCCAUGGAGGAGGGGUGUGUGUGUGUGUGUGCGUGUGUGUGUGCGUGCUCUGGAGGACCUCAGCCGUUAAGUGUAGACCUCUUGUGAGGACAACUUUGACACAGCAGAAGUGGGGGGGGGGGAGAUCUGAUUUUACCACUGGUGCUUGCAUGGUCAUGGGUUUUGUUGGAAGCUGCUCUUUAGCCUCCUUGCAGGGUUUGCUUAUGAUGGAGGAGCAUCUGUUGCAAAAAGUGCAGAAGCAGCAGACAUACAACCCCAAGGGUGUGUCCUUUUGGAGAGUGUUCCUCACUCAAAACCUUCCUCUGGGUAGUACUUCCAAGCAGAUGGGCUUAGGGUGCAAGCUCCCUUGGGUGUGGGUGUGUUGUGCUGCUUUAUCAUUGCUUCUUUCUCUGUGUCCCCUGGGUGUGGCAUUGCCCCUCUGCGGAGGCCACCCCACAGCAUGGCACUAGAUGCUCCUUGCAGAGAUGCCCAAAGGCUCAGAGUGUCUUCAUUCUGGAGGCCAACAGCCAAAGGCCAGGUUGAAUGAACUGCGAUGCCAGGACGUGUGCAGAAGUGGGGACACAUUUGCUGGGUUGUAACUGGAUUAAACUGGUAGGCAGACUUUGCUUCAAAACUUAAAAAUGCAUUUGUGGAAGGUAAACCUGCUGACUGGAAGUGUUUCCUGGCUUUUUUUUUGUAUGACUGCCAUUUCAAUUGAGCAAGAGAGAUAUAUGCAAAAUGUUGAACUUUGGAUUAAGGGAAAAUAAAGUUAUUUUCAUAAUCUUU